UGAUAAGGAUUCACAUAAUAUCAUUUUGAGUAUCAGGAACUGAAAUGUAAGAAUUAGAUAGAACAGUUAUUAGUUAUUGUUUCAUCUUUGAAUCUUUUGUUUCUUUCUUGCAUUCCCUACUUUACAAUGGAAAGCUUGUAUUUUCAUCUUGCUUUCUUGUUAUUCUUCUUCUUAGUUUACAAAAUCCUGUUCCCUCAGAAACAAAAUCUGCCUCCUGGUCCAUUUUCUCUUCCACUUAUUGGCCACUUACACAUGCUUAAGAAACCACUUCCCCUAGCAUUAGAGACACUCUUAUCAAAAUACGGUCCAAUCCUAUCCCUCAAAUUUGGUUAUAGGUCCGUUCUUGUAGUUUCUUCACCAUCUGCUGUUGAAGAAUGCUUCACCAAGAAUGACAUAAUAUUUGCAAACCGACCCAAGUCCAUGGCAGGGGAUCAUUUCACCUACAACUAUACGACAUACGUAUGGGCACCAUAUGGUGAACUUUGGCGGAGCCUACGCCGUCUCACAGUUGUUGAAUUGUUUUCUUCAAAGAGCCUCCAGAACAAUUCUGCCAUCCGCAAGCAGGAAGUUCAUAGGCUAGUUAGUAGACUGUUUAAGGUAUCAGCUGGUGGCAAGCAAAAGGUAGAUUUGAAGUUUCUGCUUUCUCUUCUUAUGUGCAAUGUUAUGAUGAAAAUAGCUGUUGGAAAACUUUGUGUAAAAGAGGAGAUUGAGGGCACAGAGGUGGAGAAGCAGUUGUAUCAAGGAUUCAAGGAUAAGUUCUUUCCAAGCCUCACCUUAAAUGUUUGUGAUUUUAUCCCUUUUCUGAGGAUGAUUGGGUUUAAGGGGAUAGAGAAGAACAUGAUAAAGAUGCAGAACAAAAGGGAUGAGUUCUUGCAAGAUUUGUUGGAUGGAAUUCGAUUGAAUAGAAAACAUUCUAAAACAUCAGAUGAUGAAGAGAAGAGGUCGGUGGCUGAAACUCUCCUGUCUCUGCAAGAAUUAGAACCUGCAAUUUACACAGAUGAUGUGAUCAAGAGUAUUAUGGUAAUGAUGUUUAUUGCGGGAGUAGAAACUUCAGCAGUGGCUUUGGAGUGGGCAAUGUCACUCCUCUUGAUUCAUCCAGAAAUAUUGCAAAAACUGAGAGCAGAGAUUGACAAUUGUGUUGGACAUGGGCGCUUGCUGAACGAUUUGGAUCUUGUCAAGCUUCCCUAUCUUAGGUGUGUAGUAAAUGAGACACUUAGAUUGUAUCCUCCAGGACCACUUAUGUUGCCUCACUUGUCAUCUGAAAUCUGCACUGUUGGAGGAUUUGAGAUACAAAAGGGUACACUAUUGAUGGUGAAUCUUUGGGCUAUGCAUAGGGAUCCCAAUGUUUGGGAGGAGCCCACUGAGUUCAAGCCUGAAAGAUUUGAAGGAGAUUUAAGCGAAGAACAUGCCUUCAAGUUUAUGCCAUUUGGAAUGGGGAGGAGAGCUUGUCCAGGUGCUGGCAUGGGCACACGCAUGGUUUCUUUGGCACUGGGUGCACUUAUUCAAAGCUUUGAAUGGGAAAAGGAUGGUUUGGAGAAAGUAGACAUGAACCCACGAUUUGGAAUGUCUCUUUCCAAGGCUAAGCCUUUGGUUGUUCUAUGUUGUCCACGCCCAGAGAUGGUUGAAGUCCUUUCCCAACUUUAGACCCUUUGGCUAUGGAUUUGAAGGUUCUCUCCUUGUAGGUCCCAAGAUUAUGAUAUUCUACUGUAAACUAUGAAGACUACGAUGUUCUUAUUGUUACAAAGAUGAUGCUUACUGAAUGAGAAUUUGGACCCUUGUGUAUUUGCAGAGUUUCAAUUCCUACAUAAAUUUAUAUGUACUAUAAAUUUACCAGCAGUUAAAACUUAAACUUGUACCUUGUUUGCCCAA